GAGGAGCCAAAAGUGCACACGUUCAAUCCUUUUGUCUUCCUUCCGCCUGCAAUAUGUGAUAUUGUAUCUACUGCAAUCCUUUACAUAGGUCUGAAUCUCACUACUGCCAGCAGUUAUCAGAUGUUGCAGGGAGCGCUUAUCAUUUGCACCGGGUUACUAUCGAUACUCAUGUUCAGAAGGCGUAUUGAAUAUUACCAGUGGUUCGGAAUGAUCGUGGUUGUCGUUGGUUUGGUCAUCGUGGGAGUAACAGACGUGAUCAUGGGUGCUGAAUCAAAUCAUUCGGCCUCUGAGGUCAUGAUUGGUAAUAUUCUUUGCGUUGUGUCACAGAUUGCAGUCGCUAUGCAACUUGUGCUCGAAGAGAAAUAUCUACAUAAGUAUGACGUAGAGGCUCUUUUUGCCGUGGGACUUGAAGGCAUUUAUGGGUUCAUAAUUCUUCUUAUCAGCUUGGUACCACUUUAUUAUAUCCACGUCGGCUCAACAUUCUCUACCAACCCAUACGGUCGUCUGGAGGAUGUGGGCUACGCAUGGGAUCAGAUCUGCAAAGAUCCUAUGAUUGCAGUAUCCUUAGCCUGUAUGAUUGUGAGUAUCGCCAUCUUCAAUUUUGCUGCUAUCAAUGUCACUAAAGAACUUUCUGCAACUACUCGAACAGUGAUUGACAGUAUAAGGACGAUAUUGGUAUGGGCAGUCAGCGUGCCUGUCUUCCAUGCAAAAUUCAUACCUUAUCAGGUCUGUCAUAACGUAUUCGUUGUGAAAAAAACCAUUCUGAAAACAUGGUGGUGAUU